UGGGCGCAUGUACAUAACCCCUCAAAUGAGACUAAACCGAAGUUUAGUGUCCAUAAACUUUAUAUUUAUACGCAUUUAAGACACAUAGCGCUUUGCAGAAAUGUCUUUUUGUUCCUUUUCGCGAGGAGAAAUUUAUAAAGAUCACUUUGACGUGGGUAUCUAUGUUUGUGUAAAGUGUGGCUAUGAGCUUUUCUCCAGCAAGUCUAAAUAUGAGCACUCCUCUCCUUGGCCUGCCUUUACCGAGACCAUUCAUGAGGACAGCGUCUCCAAACAGGAGGAGAAAUGGGGUGCAUACAAGGUUUGUUGUGGGAAGUGUGGUAAUGGCCUGGGUCAUGAGUUUGUGAACGACGGGCCCAAACGUGGACUUUCUCGAUUUUGAAUAUUCAGCAACUCACUGAAGUUUGUCCCAAAAGAUUCAAAUAUGAAUGGACAAUAAAGUGAGCUGAUGAAUGGACAAAUAAAGAUUGAACGAGGCAGGGACUUUAUUGAUUCCCCUGAAUUCACACUGGAUGAGUCAUGUAAGAAUUACAACCGCAUCACAUCAAGAAACCAAGAGACCUAAAUCGGAUAUGUUUUUGAUUUGUUGAACACGUAAGAAAAUUAAAUUCCUUUUAUACAACAUUAAUACUGACAUGAAAGGAUUACACAUUAUACAGUUGUAUUUACAAUACACAGUAUGGCCAAACGUAGGUGGACACCUGACAAGCAAAAACACAAUUCUAUAAUCUAGUCAGUGUGAUUGGGGGUGAAUCUAUACAUGGACUCUGUUCUGUUCUGUGGAUGCUGUGGACAUUAUAUGAAGUGUUCUUUAUAAAGCCCAAUGUGGACAUUCAGAACUCUGAUGUUCAUGACCACAGUGAUUCACAAGCACAAGUCUUAUUAAAAAUGUUUCUUUUUAGGCAUUAUCACCAGGCAAUAAAGCCUUUUAAAAAUUGUCA